AUGGUUUGUGGUGCUUUGAUUACGCACUUGGUUCUGUGUCGAAUUCAGUUAGCCGUCUCCAUAACUGUUGUAUUCGGAACCGGAGAUGUUCUCACCGAACAGCCAGUGGAGAAGAAGGGCAUCAAAGGCUAUGAUUUACCUAGAACUGGUCGCAUGGCGUUCUAUGGUGGAGCUAUAUGGCGUCUAGCGGCCACGCGCUGGUUCAGGUUUCUCCAAGCCAAAAUCGUUCUCCAGAACAAAACCCUUGAAAUGGUUACACAUGUCGCAAUAGAUCAAACCUUCUUUGCCCCGGCAAGUCUCUUUGUCUUCCUGAGUUCCAUGUCAAUAGUGGAGGGCUCGAGUCCAUCAGAGAAGUUGUCUAAGUCGUUCAUUACAGCUCUGCGGAGGAAUCAAAUAGUCUGGCCGUUUAUGUCGCUUUUUAACUUCCGAUUUGUCCCACUAGAUCAUCGAGUCAUACUCGUGAAUGUGAUUCCUCUGGGUUGGAAUUGUUACUUAAGCGACGCCAAUAGCUCCACGAUGGUCGCGUAUGCUUCGCCCAUGCAGCAAGGUAUCUAG